AUGCCGACUGACGUAAUGUUAUCUCCAGUUGUUGUGAUACCACAAGACCAGAACACUUAUGCCAAAGAGUUGCUCGUGAAACUCUCUAAAGCUCGUGAAUAUACGGCUGCUAUCACGAAAGAACUUCGACACAAGCAGAAAGAGUACUACGAUUUAGGCCGAAAAACAACGCACUUCCUAGUUGGUGACCUUGUUGUAGUUCGUCGGACUCAGCGCAGCGGUCAAACAGGAAUUGCAGCCAAAUGGCUACCCCGAUGGACUGGCCCGUAUCGCAUUGUAGAACAAAUGCCAAAUGGUGACAAUUAUCGAUUGGAACACGUUGAAGCUGCGAAAAUACUCGACCCAACCAAAGUGGACAAAUUGAUCAAAGUUGAACCCUGGUCAGUCAACGAAUCUAACCCCGGACAAACCAAUCCAAACAAAGAGGACACCCCGCCCGAAAUCUCACAAUCCCACCGCAACCCGCAGUCUGAAAAUGGUUCGUUUAUUAUCUACGAAAAGCUUGGAGACUUUUUUGAUGACGACAUAAGAGCCAUGAUCGAAGAGCUGCAUGCUUGGUUAAAAUCACAAAAGGACCAUAAGUGGUCAACCGGAGAAGCGUGCAAGUACCUUUACACAAAAAAUCCCGAGUUCAAAAAGACUUUUCAAAGCAUUGGUGGAAUUUGUCAGUUGCUGAUUCAUACACCAUCGAUACAGUUUGGGAUGCCUGCGCAACCGGUGGAAAAAACUCUCUGAAGCUGUAAUUGGAUGCCAGUCAACCAGUGAAAUACCAUUUAGACCGUCUAGGAGGACGCUGUGGUAUAGGAAGAAUCGUCGGCUACUACGAAGACGAAGACAUGUACAACAUACAACUUUGGGAUAGAAAAUCGAAGAAGACAAAGUGGAACAAAGCCCUGAGACCAGUCAAAGUAGAAGACGAACCUGCUACUGAACUUGUACAGUCAAAUAGUGUGUUAUGUCCUAUUGAGUUAGACGAUAAGCAUAAGAUUGGACAGAACGCUCAAAAAGCAACUUGA